AUGUCCACUGUCAUCACCAAGGAAGUUCAGCACGAUCUCAUUGUCAAGGACAAGCGCUCAUCCACCAGAAAGGUGUGGGACAUGUACUACCAUCAUUUUCCUUUCUUUAUGUUGACGGGACCUGAGAGUAUUAUGUUGCAUAUCUUCAUCUUGACCUUUGUGAGUUUUAUCAUUUUUGGAUUGUACAACAUCCCUCUGUACUUCCGUUUCUUGGUUUCGAGGUCUUAUUACUACUUGACGGGCGCAGACUCGAAGAUCUGA